CAUUGGCAAAUUGCCAUUUAAGAUACAAAGAUGGCUAAUCGUGGCGUAUGGGGAACCUGCAUGAAUGGCGAAGUAGAAAUAAUAUGCUACAACGAUGAUAAAUUUCGGGACCAGUCGAUGGAUGUGCUAAGAAAGUCGUGUUUCCUAAAUGAAAUGGUUUGCAUCGGUUCAGAGGUGAAUUUGGACUUACAGGCACAGAAGGACUUGGAACAGCUGUGCUUGGAUGUGGCUCGUAGUGGGGUGUCUUUGAUCGCUAGACACAUUUCGACCGAUCGGAUUGUCAGUGUGGCGUUCAAUGUACUUCAGACACCGAGUGCUAGAGGGGACCUGAACUACUUUGAAUCGUUCCGAGAUGAUCAUUGUGUCUCCGAAAGUUCCAAAAACUUGAUGGAUUAUAUGAUUAUUAUGGAUUCAAAGGUGAAUCUGUUUGAGAAGUUCAACGUCGAUUGCUUGAUGGAGGUCACCUUUCUGGCAACACUGCCAGAAUACGAAGGAAAAGGGAUUGCAACGAAGUUGGUCUCGUGUUCGGUUGAAUUUGCAAGGCUUUUGAAAGCAGGACAGGCUUUCGAAAACCUACCGGAAGAUGCAAAGCUUAAGCGACCGAAAUUGGUGACGGCUUUGUUUACUUCCAAAAUCUCUCAACGAGUGGGUACCAAGAAUGGAUUCACACAAAUCAUGGAAGUGCCUCACCAUGAGUUUAGUUUUCGUGAUAAAACUUACGCUGAACGAAUUGGUUCCGAACAUCCAACUUCGAUAUUGGUUGUGAAGGAAAUUUAGACUACAUGUAAAUGUAAGAAUUAACAAACGACCGGUUUCUGCUACGCCGAGAAAUAUUUUUAUCAAUUCGUGAAAUCCAUAUGGAAGGCCUUCAAAUGCCCCUCAAGCCUCAAGAGUUGUUGAGCGAGGCAUUAAGAAUAGAUUCUGCAAUACCAAAAGAUGAGUUUUUUCAAAUUAAGUUUAGGCGGCAUCCAUAAAUUACGUAACGCAAAAAAUGCACUUUUUUGACCCCCU